UCGAACAUCAGGUCUAUGUAACAUUUUCGUUUCUUGUUUUCAGCCAGGUAAAAAGGCCUGAGUAAAAAAAAGAAAGAGCAACAAUUUCAGUUUAAAGUUUCGAACUCGCCAACAAACUCACAGAGACACACACAUUCCUUCGAUAGGAUCAAAACCCGAAUUCCACAUUACACUGCCGUUGUCCAUUUCCAUUUAUUGUUUUUCUUUUUUUGCCAUUCUGAAACAUCUUUCACCUCCAUCAAUAUGACCUGCAAGACCUGUCCACCCUACAAGAACUCUGACUAUGGCGUCUUCUUUCCCGGCUGCUUCGAACGCGUCAGUGGUCAUUGCAACAAGAAGAAUCCCGGCAAUGUCCAGAAUCUGCACAUACUGGCUCAUCGUGUGAUGCCCAAGUUCUUCGAUGGCAUCGAACUGGACUACCUGCAUCGUCUGGCCCCCAAUAAGUACAUCACAGCCGCCUGGGUUCUCAGCCAUAUCAGGGCUUCGGGUUUUCGCUUCGGCGGUCUUUACACUUUUCGGGUCCAAGAUGAUACUAUGUACACCCCAACCAUAAUGGGCGAUAUACAUCCCACAUCGCUGGCAGCCAAUCUGAAUAUCCUGUACUAUCCCUUCCAAUGCCUACGCAUGGAGGCCGUGAUGCAGAAGGCCAGGGAAGCUGCUCCGGUGGAGAGUCAGUAUACGAUCGAAUGGACGAGACCAUGCGACACUUGGACAGCUAACUUCUACAAUGUUCGCAAUGAAAAUGGAAGAUGUACUUUGUCUGUGAUGAGAUCGGUGUCUGCCCACUGGGCUCUGGGGGGAGAACUUCUCCUGGAGUGGAAUGAGCCACAGAAACUGACUCCAGACUUGGCCAUAGCAGGACGUUACUCGCAUUAUAACUACUCCUUGGCUGCCACCUUUUCGAGGCAAGGUCUAGAUGUAAGUUAUUGGCAGCGGAUUCAUCCCCAAAUCCAGAUGGCCAAUCUCCUGGCCUGGAACCGCUCCACCCGAAAGACCAUAGCCACAAUAUGCUAUCAGUGGAACUUCUGGAACUCGGCAGUUCAUGGAAUGUUCGACUCCGAUGCCUCUGUGGGAUUCAUGUGGACAAAAUAUCUAAACUAUUUGCCACUGCAAAUGGGUUUCAGUGUGGUGAUGAAUCUUCCCACAGAUCGUUUUGCCUUUGGCAUGCGUUUUGUCUUGGACCCAAGUGGACUGAGACGUGGCCAAUAAUGAUGUUUUACUGUAUUGUUUUACUGUAUUUAUAUGUACUACCAAAUUAUCCAUUGCAAGUCCAAGUCCAGAGUUCAGAGAAUUACAAAUUUGCCGUUUGCUAAACUUUUAUUUCAUCAAAAAGAUUUUUAUAAACUUUUCUCAAUUUACAUUUUUCUUUUUCCUAAAUCUUAACUGAGAAAUAUUUUAUAUUUAAGCAGUUUUAGCCACACGUUGCACAUUAAAAGCCAACACACACACACACCGAGAGAGAGUCGUAAAGUUUUUCCGCUUUUGUGCAGCAAAAGCGAAGGAAACUCGCAUGCAUUUGAUUUAUGGGCUGGGAAGUCUAGACACUGUAAAUAUUUUUUAAUGCCAGCUAGAAGAGAGCAGAAAUCUCGGCUCAAGAGGGUGCUAAGAAAUUUAUAUGUACUUAUACAUGGACAUAUGUAUCUAUAAAUCUAAAAAUAAAUACAAUUUACACAAUAAAUCUGAAGACCACACUCGCUCUCUCAGCUGAGUUCAGUAUAAUUUAGACCGACAAAAAGAUAAUGGCUCUUAAUCCGAUAUACAGCUCAAAGAUAUAACCCCCAGAUGGUCUUCAGCUUGACCCAUAAACUGGGGGGAAAAAAAUAUGGACAAAAAGGAGUUGCCAAGGCUUAAGGCGAAACUUUGAAUUGAUUUUUGGUCUUCAGACUGGAAUGAGAGAAACUUUUUAGCCAACUGAAUUUUCUUGGGCAAACAUGGUUUGCCUUUAAUUUGCCGUUUGGUUGUGUGUUUCUGUAUGGGUAAUACUAUGAAAAGUUUUUCACACACACACACAUGGACAUUCACUUAUAUGUGCAAAUAUUAA